AUGAUAAACACCUUUGCAGAUUGUGGAACUGUUCCGUUGAUUAAUGGUGGAUCCAUAACCUUAAACCAGGCUGGAAAUAGCUCUUAUGGUGCUCUUGCAGAAGUUAGAUGUAACACCGGCUAUAAUACAACCUUACCUACCAUAGAGUGUGGCGAUAAUGGGAAAUGGGAUAACACGACUUGUGAUAUUGUUGACUGUGGAAACGUACCAUUAAUAUCGAAUGGAAGCAUAACCCUUAUAGAAGAUGGAAACACGACUUACGGCGCUUUAGCGGAAGUGACAUGCGAAACAGGUUAUAAUGAGACGCUAAAAAUCAUAGAAUGUCGGGACACCGGGGACUGGGAUGCUACUGAUUGUAAUUUGAUAGAUUGCGGAACUGUUCCACAGCUAGAUAAUGGCAAUGUAGUGUUAAAAGUGGAUGGACUGAGCUCUUAUGGCACAGAAGCAGUUGUUACAUGCGAACAAGGCUAUAAUACUACUUCAGAAACAAUACAAUGUCUUGACACUGGAAAAUGGGAUAAAACUAGUUGCGAAAUAGUUGAUUGCGGAGAAGUACCUGUUGUUACAAAAGGUACCAUCACUCUUCUAGAAGAAAAUAACACAACCUAUACCGCACUUGCGAACGUAAGCUGUGAAACGGGCUACAAUCUAAGCAAAGGCAUAAUACAAUGUCUAGAAACGGGACUCUGGGAAAUAACUGGAUGUCAGAUACUAGAUUGCGAUGCUGUGCCAGACGUUUUUAAAUGGGAUUGUAGCCUUACAAGAAUCUGAAAAUACUACAUAUGGUAAACAAGCCGAGGUUAUAUGUAACAGUGGCUACAAUGCAACCUCCGAAACAAUACUUUGUCUAGAUACAGGAAAAUGGGAAACUCCACAGUGUGAAAUAUUAGAUUGUGAGGCUGUUCCGGUCAUCGCUAAUGGACAAAUAACUCUUACACAAGAUGGAAAUACCACGUAUGGUGCAAUAGCGAAUGUAUCAUGUUCAACAGGAUAUAACGCGACAAUAGACACUAUACUGUGUCUAGAAACAGGCGAAUGGGACAAUGCAACAUGUAAUU